CAACCAUCCUCUAUUAAAACCAAUUCCCUUACUUUUCCCGCCAUAACAAACACAAACAAAAUCAAACCAAACACCGAAAUCAAAGCAAUAGUUACUAAUCCUUGGUUCAUACAAAAAACAAUCAUAACAACUUUUGAACCAUUUUUUUACAUUUCUUUAUAAACUCCAAUCACAAGCAGCCUCUUACAAACAACACAACACACCUCAUCUCACCACCUUUCUACCAAUAAUUUAUCACAGGGUUUAAUUUUGUUGUAUUAAUAAAUUCAUUAAUGGGUAUUGAAAGAUUAUAUUGGGCCAUCAUUGUAGCAUGGCUUACUUUGUUCCAAGGAAACAUGAUAAUAUUUGUUAAGGGUGAAUUUAAUUAUAAAGAGGCUCUCACAAAAUCCCUUAUUUUCUUAGAGGCACAAAGAUCAGGAAAACUCCCUCCCAAUAAUAGGGUUCCUUGGAGAGGAGACUCAGCACUAGACGACGGAAAACUUGCUAAUGUGGACCUAGCUGGUGGAUAUUAUGAUGCAGGGGAUAAUGUGAAAUAUGGAUUACCAAUGGCUUUCACUGUUACUACAUUAUCAUGGGCUGCAAUUUUUUACAAAUCAGAAUUUGAAGCAACAAAGGAACUAGGAAAUAUUCAAGAUGCAAUUAAAUGGGGUACAGAUUAUUUUAUAAAAGCUAGUUCUAGAAGACAGAGAUUAUAUGUUCAAGUAGGAGAUGCAGAAGAAGAUCAUCAUUGUUGGGCUCCACCAGAACUUAUGAAAACAAAAAGGUCUGUUUUGCAAAUUGAUAGUAACACACCUGGAACUGAAAUUGCAACUGAAACCUCGGCUGCAAUGGCUGCUUCUUCCAUUGUUUUUCGACACGUCGAUAAAAAAUAUGCUCGUCAACUCCUCAACAAAGCAAAAUUGCUUUUCGAUAUGGCGAAAUCGCAUAAAGGAACUUAUGAUGGAGAAUGUCCCUUCUACUGCUCUUAUUCGGGCUACAAUGAUGAAUUGAUGUGGGCAGCAACAUGGCUAUACAUGGCAACAAGGAAACAAGUGUACAUGAAAUACAUACAAGAAGAAGCAAUUAGUGCAAGUGUAGCUGAAUUCAGUUGGGAUCUAAAAUAUGCUGGAGUUCAAGUCCUUCUUACUCAGUUACAUUUUGAAGGUCAAAAAAAUCUUGAAACAUUCAAAACCCAUGGUGAAAGUUUCAUAUGCUCUGUCCUUCCUGAUAGUCCUUACCACCAAAUUAAUUUGUCUCCUGGUGGGUUUAUUCAUUUGAGAGAUGGAGCCAACACACAAUAUGCCACUAGCACAGCUUUCUUAUUCACUGUAUAUAGUGAUUUGCUUGCCAAAUAUAAACAGAAAAUCACAUGUGGAAGCAAACAAUUUUCCUCAUCUGAUCUCCUUGCCUUUGCUAAGAAACAAAUGGAUUACAUAUUGGGGAAAAAUCCAGAAGGAAGAUCAUACAUGGUAGGAUUUGGAAACAACCCACCAACACAAGCUCACCAUAGAGGUGCUUCAGUGCCAAAGUUACCACCAAAUGAAGAGAUAAACUGUGCAUUGAGCUUUUCAAAAUGGCUUCAAAGAGACGCACCAAACCCACAUGAACUAACUGGAGCCAUUGUUGGUGGACCUGACUGCAAAGACAAGUUCGAUGAUAAACGUACGGAUUCACCUAAGACUGAACCUUGUACAUAUGUUAACUCCCUUGCAGCUGGAGCUCUAGCAAAACUUGCUUCUUUGGGUUAAUUACAUUAGUGAGCUUAAUAGCGAAACUCACACACUAAUUAUAUAGAAGUGGAAGAUCUCACAUUUAAAUCUGCUUCUCAUUAGUUUGAGUUUUUCUACCACUAUUAUAUGAAUUGUACUUAGGAGAUAAUUCUAAAAUUAGGAGACAAUUUUAAAAUUAGCACUAUGUAGUAGUAGCAGUAGAAAAUUACAUAUAUGGAUCAAGACUUGCUUUUUUGUGGGUCUGUGUUUUUAUUUGGCAUAUUUGAUAAGCAUGUACCUUAUUGAGUAAAUUAAAUGGGAAAGUAACAUAUAUGAACCA